UCAGUGGGAAGACGAGAGGAGGCGUGUCUGUAAGGGAAGGACAAGGAGUGGUGCUCAUGUGUACUCCGCCCCCUUAUUCACCAGAGAUUAUCUACAGCUGGGUGUUCAACGAGUUCCCGUCAAUUGUUGCCGAGGACAGCCGGCGGUUUAUCUCCCAGGUAACGGGCAACCUGUACGUGUCCAAGGUGCAGCCUAGCGACGUGGGCAGCUACAUCUGUCUGGUGAAGAACACGGUGACCAACGCCAGGGUCCUCAGCCCGCCCACGCCACUCACACUCAGAACAGAUGGUAUAAUGGGAGAAUAUGAGCCUAAAAUCGAGGUGCAUUUCCCCCCAUCUGUCCUGGCUGCCAGAGGAGUCACGGUGAGGCUGGAGUGUUUUGCCCUGGGGAAUCCCGUCCCAACCAUAACAUGGAGGAAGAUGAACGGUAACAUCCCUAAGAAGGCUCGUCUGAGGAAGUCCCAGGCUGUUCUGGAGAUCCCUGAUGUUCAGCUGGAGGACUCUGGGACCUACGAGUGUAAAGCGGAGAACCCCAGAGGUGGGACACCCUUCAAGGGACACCUCCAGAUCUACACCUUCCCCCAGUGGAUCAGUAUGAUAAACAACAGCCAGUUGGACAGUGGAGAUAAGCUGCAGUGGGAGUGUAAGGCCACAGGGAGGCCUAGACCCACCUACCGCUGGCUCCUCAAUGGAGAGCCGAUCACACCACAGAGCAGAGUGGAGGUGGUGAAUGGGGAACUAAUCAUCCAGAAGGUCCAGCAGACUGACUCUGGGAUGUACCAGUGUGUCGCUGAGAACAAAUACGGAGCCAUCUACUCCAGCGCAGAACUCAGCAUCUCAGCAUCAGCCCCAGUCUUCAGCCCUAACCCUGUCCGUCUGAUCGCCACGCUGGGGAAGGAUGUGUUGUUGGAGUGUAAACCCCGAGCGUCUCCCAAGCCUAGAGUAACAUGGAGGAGAGGAGACAGACGCAUUCAGCCCAGCAGAAGGAUAAUGUUGUUACGAAACAACACACUGAGGAUCAUCAACUCCAGCCGCUCUGACGAGGGGGACUAUGUAUGUCGAGCUGAGAAUCAGUUUGGCUCGGCUGAGAUGACGGCCAUACUCUGGGUAAAAGAGGCCAUGCGUGUGGACCUGAGCCCCAGCAGGGUGGAGGUGACGGUGGGGGAGAGCGUGGUGCUCAGCUGCAGGGUGUCACAUGACCCAUCUCUGGACGUGGCCUUCCAGUGGCUCCUCAACCAGCAGCCCCUCAACUUCCAACAGGAGGGUGGACAUUUUGAAUACAUCCAAACACAGUCCUCCACGGUGGACCUGAUGAUCAGAAGCAUCUUACUGCAGCAUGCUGGGAAAUACGGCUGCCGGGCUCAGACCAGCGCCGACUCUGUGUUUGCUGAGGCUGACCUCCUCGUCAGAGGCCCUCCAGGCCCCCCUGGUGUGGUGAUAGUAGAGGAGAUCACAGACACUACAGCCACCCUGUCGUGGAGUGGAGGGGUGGACAACCACAGCCCCAUCAGCAGCUACAACCUUCAGGCCCGGAGCCCCUUCUCCCUGGGCUGGCAGACCCUCAGGACAGACCCAGACCCAGUGACAGGGGACAUGGAGUCAGCCAUGGCUGUGGAGCUCAACCCCUGGGUGGACUAUGAGUUCAGGGUUGUAGCCAGUAACGCUAUCGGGACAGGAGACCCCAGUGCCCCAUCCAGGGGGGUCCGCACUAAAGAAGCAGUCCCGUCGGUGGCCCCAGCUAAUGUCAGUGGAGGGAACGGCCGCAGGCAUGAACUGGUAACUUCCUGGGAGCCUGUGUCUGAGGAGUUUCAGAAUGGCGAGGGAUUUGGCUACAUUGUGGCAUUCCGAGCCAAUGGUACGCGAGGCUGGAAGGAGAAAAUGGUGACAUCAGCAGAUUCCACUACAUACAAGUACAGAGACGAGACCUUCCCUCCCCUCACCCCCUUCCAAGUGAAGGUGGGAGUGUACAACAACAUGGGAGACGGACCCUUCAGUGGAGUGGUCACUGUGUACUCUGCAGAGGGGGAGCCCAGGGAUGCCCCAUCAGAGGUGAAAGCUUCCAGCAUUUCCUCUUCGGAAAUUAAAGUUACUUGGAGACCGCCCAACCCUGGUCAUGGGAGACCACUGGGAUACGAGGUGAGCUACUGUAAGGACAGUGAGCAGGAGGGGUCAAGGAACAAGAAGAGGACAGCAGGGAACGAGACGUCUAUGGUGCUGACAGGGCUGGAGGGGAACAGAGUGUACCGCAUCACAGUCAGAGGCUUCAACAGUAUCGGCCAGGGCCCUGCAUCGACCGCUAGCACCGCCAGGACCAGGAAAGACCCUCCAGUCCAUCCUCCAGCCAAUCUCAUGUGGAUUCAGGAAGGGACGAACGUGUCUCUAAACUGGGACCCAGUCAAGUCUAAAGACAACGAGUCAGAUGUCAUAGGAUACAAGGUGUUACUGAGCCAGGAGGGGCGUGUCCACCACCAGGUGAUGAGGACCAUCAACCCCUCGGCCGUCCUCUCUCUCCCUGAGGGGGGCACAUACAUAAUUGAGGUGCGGGCAGUGAGUGAGGGGGGAGAGGGAGCAGCCAGCUCCCAGGUCAGAGUACUCACCUCUUCAGGUGUCCGGGUGAAGAGUGGCCAGUGUUCGGUUCACAGCCUGCUACCGUGGCGCCUGACAUGGACAUGGACUACUGCUCUGCUCCUCUCUGUUCCUCUGGUGCCUUCAGCUUCCUGGUGAGGCUCCUCCUCCAUCCUGCCAUCCUCCUAUACAUGGAGGGACCACUCCUCCCUCUUCCAUCCCUCCCUUCCUCAGACUGUCUGCUUGCUCUGGCCUUACCCAUAAGCCAACCAGGACUGGAGCCUGCUGAGGGGAUCCACUUCUGACUCCAACAAACCAAUGGAUGGUCAACAAAUUACAUUCAUCUCUUUUAUUUACGUAUACAUUUUUCGGGAGCUGAACUAAACAUUUUGUGAUUUAAUUUAAAUUUGGCACUUCUUUCCAAACAUCACUUGUGUUGUACUGUAACUGUACAUUGUUGUGGAAAGUAUUUUAGUUUAAUCAUUUAGGAUGCAUCCCAAAUGGCACCCUAUUCCCUAUUUAGUGCCCAAUGGGCCUGGUCAAAAGUAGUGCACUAUUUAGGAAAUAGGGCAUCUAACUGCUUCAAGACGGCUGGCGACUGGCAUCUAACUGCUUCCAGACGGCUGGCGACUGGCAUCUAACUGCUUCCAGACGGCUGGCGACUAGAAUCUAACUACUUCCAGAUGCCUGGCGACUAGCAUCUAACUACUUCUAGACGGCCACAGCUCUGAGGCUCUACAGAGCGUGAACAAUUCCCUGAAAGCUGCUACUGAGGCGGUCUGGCUGUCUCUGUCUGACUGUCUGGCUGUCUCUGUCUGACUGUCUGGCUCUCUGGCUGUCUCUGUCUGACUGUCUGGCUGUCUGGCUGUCUGUAAGGCUGUAAUACUGGGAUCAGCCUCUCUUCUCAUUAGUUAUCUGCAUCCAUGUACUCCUUGGCUGCCUAACAAUCAUCACAGCAGCUCAGUAGAGAUCAGUGUUUUCUUAUUCACACAGAGAGAAGUGAAAGAAAAAACAUGUUUUAGUAGCAUGUUUUACCCCAGAAAUGUUACUAUUUCCAGACUAGCUUUUUGUACAUUGUGUUACCUUUAGAAACUAAACAAAACAAGUGAGUGGUGUGUGUUUCAGGUAGGUCAAAGUUUCUGUUUUUCUAAUAGCAAAGAGCUUGGUAAUGUGUUGGACUGAUGGAUGUAUCAGAGUACACCUGUACACCUGGACUCACCUGUGGUGCCCAAACAGAUCUUUAGACAAAGACUUGACGACUCUGUGGAAACUCAU